AUGUCUAAAAGAAUUUAAUAAUAUUUAUAAGAAUUACCAAACCAAAUUAAAUUUCUCCCAGUAAAAUCUUUUCAACUCUUAAUGAUUAUAAAUUAUAUUGUAAAAUAUAAAGUUACUAGAUAUUCUUAAUAGAACAGGCAUCAAUAAAUUUAAUAAUUUUUAAAUUUAAAAGUAGUUUAAAAAUAAUGGCUAAUCAUAUUUAUAAUUCUUACAUUUAAUUUUAAGAAUACCAAUUAGAAAGUAAUUAGCCAUAGAAGACGAUCAAUUGUAGCUAAGUUAGGAAUUAUUUUCUAAUUAUAUUUCAAUGAUACACCCAUAGUUAAGCUAUAAGCAUUAUCAAUAACUUAACUUGAAGGUAAUUAAAAUGAUGAAAGAAGCUUAAGAGUGCUAUCACACAUAUCAUAGAAAAAGAAAUAAUUAUUUAAUAUUAAUGUAUAUUAUUUAUUAUUAUUGCUAACUCUAUUUUUGAUAUCUGUCUGUGGUCGAGUUAAAUUUUCCCUAAAAAUUCAGCUUACUUCUUUGAUUUUUAUUUAAUUGCUGAAAAAAAUCGCAAAUUUUAUGUUGUUUUCUAAAUAAUUUUGUAGUCUACAAAAAAAAAGGAAGAGUUUAUUUACAAACAAAAAUUAUAAAAGGACUUUAAAGUGA